AUAUUAUAAGAAUAUAUGGCUUUGAAUGAAUGGGUUUGCUGGGAGGUUUCGAUUCCAGGGGCCACCCACAUCAUGCGUAUAAUGUACAAGGACACAUGCAUACAUGCACAUAAUUGGUGGAGUAAUACCAAGUAGCUCACCUUUUUUACAUUAGCCAAACACAGCAACCACACCUGCUUUUUUGCUCACUCACAUUUUCUUUAUUUUUGUUCCCACUUCUUCUUUGAGAGCCUUGAGGAAUAAGGAGGAGGAGGGGUUCUUUUCUAUCUUUUCCCCUUCCCUGUAUAUCUCUCUUGGAAAGCAAGCAAAGCAAACAUUACAGAGUAAAGCAAAAAAGGAAAGAAAAUACAGCGACAACAACAACAACAGAAGAAGAAAGACCGACCGACCCAUUCGAGGACGUGAGGUGGGGCUCCCCCCCGCCCCCCUUUCCAGUUUCCACCUCCCGUUAAAUACUAAAAUGACCUCCAGACCACCCAACGCCACCAACGGCACUCACCACCACUCGCACCCACCACCACCACCACCACAACCUCCCAGCAACACCACCAACGCUACCGCUCUUACUACCCACCAACCCCACCCUCCUCCUGCUCCUCCUCACUCCCAUUACUUCCCACCUCACUCUUCUUCCUCCUCCUCCUCCAAGGCCUCCUUCAAAGGCUGCUGCUGCUGCCUCUUCCUCCUCUUCUCCUUGCUCUUCCUCCUCGUCCUCGCCGUCAUCCUCGUCGUCGUCCUCGCCAUUAAGCCCAAGAAGCCCCAGUUCGACCUCCAAUCCGUCGGCGUCCAGUAUCUCGGCAUCAACUCCAAUCCCAAUCCCACCCCAACCCCCACCUCCUCCUCCUCUGCCUCUGUCUCCCUAGCCAUCAGGAUGCUCUUCACCGCCGCUAACGAUAAUAAGGUCGGGAUCAAGUACGGCGACUCCAAAUUCACGGUGAUGUACCGGGGGAUCCCUUUGGGACGGGGCACUGUUCCUGGGUUCUACCAGCCCGCCCAUAGCGUCCGCCAAGUUCAGACCACCAUUGCGGUGGACCGGGUCAACUUGCUCCAGACCGAUGCUGCCGAUUUGCUGAGGGACGCCACCGUCAAUGAUCGGGUUGAGCUGCGGGUGCUGGGGGAUGUUGGAGCUAAGAUCCGGAUUCUUGGCUUUACUUCACCUGGGGUGCAGGUAUCGGUUGAUUGCGCGAUAGUGAUCAGCCCCAGGAAGCAGGCACUCACUUACAAGCAGUGCGGAUUUGAUGGCCUCAGCGUAUGACCUGACCUGCUCCUCUUCAAACCUCCACCGGUUCUUUCUUUUUUUUUCUUUCGAGAGUGAGUAAAUUAAAGAAGACCGCGGAGUAGGAGGAAGAAUACUUUUUAUUAUUUGCACAUGGGACGGACAGAGCCUCGAUUUAUUUUUGGUUGCAAGAACUUUAGAAUACCUGAUUAGUUAUCACUAAUUCUUAAUUACUGCUGUUAUUAGUGAGGCAAAUGUUUAUAAAGAAAUGUAAGUUAUGAGAGCAUCAUCUUUCCUUUCUUUUCUUUUCAAGAUCUGUCCUGGUUUGGUUGUAAAGUUUUUUGUGGAUGGAGGAGAAUCUUGGGGUUAAUUCUUUUCUUUUCAGAUGUUCCGUCCGCCCGCCGCUUAUGAGUGCAGUAAUGAUUGAAGAUAGAAGAGAAUCUUGGGAUGAUGGUCUUGCCUUCUUGCUUAAGCAUUGUUGAUUCUUUAUUGUGCAA